ACAAUACCUACUACACCUAAAUGAAAAAGUAGCCGAGUUUAGAGACAGUCUGUUUUACAGCUUCGAACACUUUUCAGUAGUACUACGCGGUGUUAUAUGAUUUUAUAAAAGGUCAACGUAUUUUAAUAAGCAAUGAAAAAGUAGUACUUCGACGAACUAAAAAAAUAUGCUGAUCAGUUGAUCGAAUUAGUUUUCCAAUACGCGACUUGUUUCAGCGAACCGUUUGGCUCACGCCGAUCAAAUGGAAGAUGAACAAGAAAAUGUCGUCCAUAAAAAAGACGUUGUUUGGCAAAAUGUACUGUUGUUCAUUUAUCUUCACAUGUCAGCUCUCUACGGAGUAUUCUUGAUAUUUACGCAGGCACAUUUGGCGACAGUAAUUUAUACGUUUGCGUUAGUUAUAUUUUCCACAUUAUCAGUCACUCUAGGCUGUCAUAGACUAUGGAGUCAUAAUGCAUAUCAAGCUAAUUUUUUCACGAGAUUAUUCUUCAUUAUAGGACACACGUUGACGUGCCAGGGAUCUGUUUACGAUUGGGUUCUAGAUCAUAGGAUACAUCACAAGUAUCAUGGCACUGAUAAAGAUCAAUACAAUUACAAUAAUGGCUUCUUAUAUUCAUUCCUCGGUAGUAAAAUGACCACCAAACAUCCGCAACUGAAACACACUGAAAAAGACAUAGAUAUGAGCGAUAUCGAGAGGGAUAGCCUAGUGAUGUGGCAAAAAACUUUAUACUGGUUGUUGAUGCCAAUUGUAAGUAUACUUCUGCCUAUAAACAUUCCGGUGGAAUAUUUCGGCGAAUCUGUUCUUGUUUCUGUAUUCAUCUCUGGGUUUCUACGAAUCGCUUUAUCGCUUCAUUGCGCUUGGUUAAUCAACAGCGCCGUUAUCCUGUGGGGUCUCGAUCCAGUUGACAGACGUUCCGCCGACACGAAUUUGAUAUUUUUGGUAAACAAGAGUCUAUGGCCACAUUAUCACUACCUGGUCCCCUGGGAUUACCAAGUUGGCGAAUACGGUAACUAUCAAGACGGAUUUUGCAACGCCAUGAUCCGCGUUCUGGCAGCUUUAGGAUGGGUUACAAAUCUUCGUACAGUCGACGCCAACGGAGUCAGGCGUGCUUUAUACGAAUCUACCAAAACAGGAAAACCUAUAAUGUUAUGUAUUCAGCAAGAGCAAGUUAUUCCUACGUACAAUGAAAUGAUCGCUGAUAUAAAUCGACAACGUACUUGAUCCCAGAAUCUGCUCGUACCAACUUACAUAUCAAUGCUCCGAAGAAAGAUGUUCAAUUUUUCAUUUCGUACUGCAAUUCGUGUUAUCUUCGUCUCCUGACUGAAAUACCUACCUACGAAUUGAAGAUUUUGUAUCGUAUUUUCAGUGAUUCAGUUCCUUUGGUAUUUUAUCAAAAAAGGAUUUAUAUAUUGGAGAUUUUUUUAUUUUGUAACGACACUUUUUGUAGAUAAGUAUAGUUUUAGGUACCUAUUAUUAUUCUUUUAAUAGUAUUUAUAUUGAUAAUUAAAAUUAUUUAUUAAUUAA